UGUUACGUCUCGUUUAGAUCAUCAACUCGUUUUGAGUGGAAGUUACUGAUUAGAUUUGAUUAUCAUCAAGGAUGAUUGUGACAGUUUCCUAGGCAUCAAUAUUAUAAGGAGGACACUUGCUCGGUUAUUAUUUGUAAUAUCUGCUCUUGAAGACACAGUUCUUUACACUUCUGCAAUCACUAUCUCGAUAAAAAAGUGUGUGACCCAUUGAUAGCUGCUAUAUUUUAUUUUCAGAGAAAAUCUGGUAUCUUAAAAUUACUGUGAAUAGAGUAUAGGAGUUUUUGUGCAUAUGUGUAUACAAAUGCUUGAUGUAUGAACAUAAUGACAAGAUUCAUAAUUUGUUUGCGAUACACUACAACUGUGUUAUUUCAAUUAGUUUUCCUCUUUGUUUUAUUGCAUAUAUCUUUCGCAAUCGUUAAAAAACCACCCAAAGAGAUUAAGAAAAAAAUGAGAGAGCAGAAAAUCUUACCAGAUAUUGUUGAUCAUCCCGCCAAAUACGAACCCAAAGAGAUUAAGAAAAAAAUGGAAGAGCACAAAAUCUUACCAGAUAUUGUUGAUCAUCCCGCCAAAUACGAACUCAAGUUAAAGUAUUUCUAUGAACACAUUCCUAACUUUGGAAAUGAUCUCAAUCCACACGAUUUGGAUGCACCACCAUACUAUGUCAAUUUUGAACGGAGGUUGGACGUAGACGAGUACUAUACUAUGUUGAUGAUUG